AUACUAGUGACUCCUGCCUGCUCAUCUGUAUUGUUAGGUACAGUAUGUAGGCUAAGAUAACAAUCAGUCGGUCAGACACGAGUAAGCCAUGAGCCAUCUAAUGCAUGCUUCCGCCAAGUCGAUACCCCCCGGCAUCUAUACAAUUCACCGCAAAUCCACAAAGUCAAAUUCGAAUUAUUCAUUCAUUUGGGGCUAUGGUGGCCAGGGCCGUUUAAAAGCUCUGUCUUUCCUUCACUCUCUGUACAACUAGACCGACCUUUACCUCCAAAGAUUUUUUGUGAAACCCUGACUGCUACUAUGCCUGGUCAUGUGAAUAUGAUGGACGAUGUCCUCAUUUCUCAACUUCCCCCGGACAUUCUCAAAUCCUCCCUACGGGCGUUGGUGUCGCAAAACUCCGCUGCUCAAAAAGUGUUUGUAGAGCAUGUGCGCAUUCUCUUGAGAGCAAGUUUGCCUAUCUACCCAUCGCCUUCGGGGUUGUUCGGGGACAAACCUUGUUAUGUCCAAUUUUUAGCCUCGAUUCGCUGUCUAUUCGCAAGCAAGAUGGCUAUCGAGUCACUUCCUUACUUUUCCCACUUCCUGUCGUGUAUACCGCUAGCGCAUGCACAAUGGCAGUCAAAUGACAAGCUCGAGUUAGCCCUGGAGGAGGCUUGUGGGGACAUUGUCCAGGCCAUCCAAGCUCUCAAAGAAUCACGUUCAAUGCCGACAGAAGAGCUUCGAGAACGUCUCAUGAGCUUGAGCAAGGCAAUUAACAAGUGUGAAGCUUAUUCGCUGUCUACAAACCUUCAAUUUCCCUUCGUCCGUGCUCAAUUACAGGUUGAAGAUGCACUGCGCCUCAUAUUCCCUGAUGUUCAAUUAAAUCCCCACGCCCUCGGUCAUGCUCUGAAAAUCAACAAUAAAUGGGAUAUCAGUCCUGAUUCUGUAACGUACGCCAAACUGGAACACAUUGACCUCGGUCCCUUGAAAGUUCCUCGAAUUUUCAACGGACUAUGGCAGCUGUCUUCACCGGCCUGGGGCGCAGCAUCGCUUUACAAACAGCAUAUGAAUUUUGAACAGCUUGUACGCGUAGGAUUUGUGGCAACGGAUAUGGCAGACCAUUAUGGAGACGCAGAACUUGUAUAUGGGGCUUUCCGCAAUCAACUACCUCCGGAGAUCGGUGACAAGAUUAUUGCUUGCUCGAAAUGGUGCGUUUUUGGGCUACCAGUCAAGCCCGUAACACCAGAGUUUGUAUUGGAGGCUGUUGUAGAACGAUCGAGGCGACUCGGAGGUCGAGUGGAACUGUUGCAGUUUCAUUGGUAUGAUUAUAACGCCAAAGACUAUCUACAAAUACUGGUUGAACUGGUCAAAAUCACAAAGAGUCAUCCGCACCUAGUCACUGCCAUUGGUCUUUGCAACUUUGACUCACAACAUACAGAGGAGGCAUGUCAAUUUCUUCUGCAAGAAACUGGCGAGGUUGGAAUCGUGUCCAAUCAAAUUCAGUACUCCCUCGUUGACAGUCGUCCUACCAUGAAAAUGGAGGCAGUUUGCCUAAAGUACGGAGUCAAAUUGCUCACUUAUGGCUCGUUUUGCGGAGGUUUCCUGUCCGAGAAGUGGUUGAAUGUUGAUGCUCCAAACAUAUACUCUGAGGAAGCACAGCUGACUCCUUCUCAACGAAAGUAUUUUGAUAUGAUCAACAAUUGGGGAUCAUGGGGGGAGCUUCAAACGUUACUUCAUGUGCUGAAACGAAUCGCUAUCAAGCACGACGUCGAUUUGGCUAAUGUAGCAGCCCGUUGGGUUCUGAACAGACCGGCUGUGGGAGCUGUCAUUGUAGGCACUAGAGCCGGUAUCUCGGACAACUCAGAAUCCAACCUGAAGGUGUUCUCGUUGAUUCUGGAUGCAGAAGACACGGAUCAACUUGAUGAAUAUACAUUGAGGACAAAUCGCACUCAGAUGCUUUAUAGAAAGAUUGGUGAUUGCGGGAGCGAAUAUCGAUAA